AUGUUUACAGAACUCUUUAAGAAAAACAAUAUAGUUACAAUUGACCAAAUGAUGCUUGUUUUUUAAAAUUCAUAAAAAAGCUUUAUAGGUAGGAGAUGUUAACCUGCUGAAUUUCUGAUCCUGCAAAAGAUUUAUGAAAAUUAUACUACAGUAUCAAAAGUACUAAAUUGGAAUUAUAGAAGUGCAGAAUUACUUCCUAAUGAAGACGACCAAAUUAUACAAUUAAAUCCUGGAAAGAGAAUUAAAAAUAUUUUAUUGGUUGGAAUAACAGGAUAAGGAAAAACUACUUUAAUUAAUAGUUUUUACAAUUUUAUUAAGAAUAUAAAAUUCGAAGAUGAAACUAGAUAUUUGGUAAUUAAUGAUGAUCGUUUAAACCAAACAGGAAAGUCAGUGACUCGAAACGUAGACUUAUAUAAAAUCUAGAUUGACGAUGAUUUAGUAUUUAAUUUUAUAGAUACACCCGGAUUAUGUGACACUGACGGUGUUUAAAGAGACUAAGAAAUUAUUGAUUAAAUCUCUGAGCGACUAAAGAAAUUGUAUGAUAAUUAGGAAAAAAUUCAUUAGGUUAUCAUUGUUUCCCAACUCUCGACAAAUUAUAUUGUGGAUGGUAAUCAUACACUUCAAUAAUUGGCUCUACUAAACGUUUUAAAGCUUUUUGGAAUGGAUAUGGCUCAGCACUAUAUUCAUGCUUUGACUUUCUCUGACUUUACAAGUAUACAUAGAAAUAACUUUGAAAACCAACAAUCCAUCUUUUAUGUUCUCAGUUAGAGGGAUAAUCUGAUGUAAACGUAUAAUCUUAGCAAGAAUACAGUUACAUUAACUAGUCCCACUAAUAAUGAAGGCACCUUAUUAUUAAGUGAUGUCUAAAUUAAUGAAUUGUCUAAAGAAUAUUGCUAAUUUUAAAAUUCAGUCUUUUUUUCAAAAAAAUGUGACAUGAUUUCAAAUAUUCAAUAUAAAAGAAAUCAAGAGAACUACACUAAAUUUAUCAAUAAAAUCACUUCUGAUGAAGGAUUUGCCUUAGAUUAAACGAUUCAAGUUAUCAAGGAAAGAAAUAGAUUAAAAGAAAAAAUUGAAUAAUUGUAGGAAGAACUUUAAUUAAGAAUGAAAAUAGAUAAAAUUAUACAAACCAAUAAAAAUAAAAUUGAAAAUUAUGACUAAAUAGUAAAAGAGAAUAAAGAAUUUUACUAUAUUAUAUUUGAAACCAACAUACUAAUAAAAGACUGUCCUAUUCGAAUUUUUAUGACUAAUUGUAAUACUUGCAAGAAAACUUGUCACAAAAAUUGUUCAGUAUCUAAUGAUAAAUUGAGGAAUUGUAAUGUGAUGAUUUAAAAGACACCUAAUAUUUAUAUUUGUGAAUCUUGUUCACAUUCAGUUGAGGAACAUUAGUAAAAUUAUAUAUUUAUCUAGAAAUUAAAAUUUUUAAUAUAUUUAAGAGAUUGUUUAGGUUAAGAGAGAAUAUAGCGAUAUGAAAGUUGA